AUGGCCGAGUGCACGGAGCUGGAAUGGGCCGUGCAGGUGCUGGUGAACAACUUUGACAAGUACUCGAGCCGCUGCUGCUGCUGCAAGAACCCGCGGCGCAUCAGCAAGAAGGAUUUCCGCAAGAUGCUCAGCCGGGAGCUCAACCACAUGCUGACGGACACCGGGAACCGCCGCGCCGCCGACAAACUCAUCUGCGACCUGGAUGAGAACAAGGACGGGCGCAUCAGCUUCGAGGAGUACUGGACCUUGAUAGGGGGCAUCGCCAGCCCCAUCGCGCAGAUCAUCCGCCAGCAGGAGCAGAGUGUCAAACACACCAAGUAG